AUGAAGGGAGCAAGACAAGUAGUCACUACUGGUAGUCCAAAAGUGGAAUUACAGAAGGAUACUUAUGUAAUUGAAAAUCAUGUAAAUUGCAAUGAACCAGUCGUAUUAAAAGAAGGAAGCAUAAAGAAUAAGAUAUCAGUAAGAUGUUCUCAAAACAGCAGAAUUGUUAUUGAACAAAAGGUGAAUAGUAUCUUUAUCGAAGAUUGUGUUGGAUGUAUUUUCCUUGUAAAUGGUGUAAUUUCAUCCAUAGAAAUUGUUAACUGCGAUGAUGUUAAAUUGCAAAUGACUGGUGUUGUUCCGACAAUUUCUCUUGAUCAGUCAAAUAAAGUUAAUAUCUACACAUCUAAAGAAGGAAAGAAUGUUGAGGUUUACAGCAGUAAAUCUAGUGAAAUGAAUCUACUCUUUCCAGGAGAAGAAGAAGGUGACUGGAAGGAACUUGCAAUUCCUGAACAAUUUGUUACUAAAUACAAUGAAGCUAAAGGUAAAUUAGAAAGUGUUGUUUCUCCAUUGUAUGGAUAA